AUGCACCCCCCUCUACCUCACCCCUCUCUCUCUCACCCCUCUCUCCCUCACCCCUCUCACCCCUCUCUCCCUCACCCCUCUCUCCCUCACCCCUCUCUCUCUCACCCCUCUCUCCCUCACCCCUGUCACCCCCUCCCCCCCCUCUCACCCCUCUCUCCUCCCCUCCUCCUCACCCCUCCCCUCCUCCCCUCCCUCACCCCCCACCCCUCCCCCUCACCCCCUCUCCCUCCCCUCACCCCUCUCCUCCUCUCCCUCACCCCUCUCUCCCUCACCUCCCUCACCCUCUCUCCUCCCCCCCCUCUCUCUCACCCUCUCUCCCUCCCCCCCUCUCCCUCACCCCCCCUCUCCUCCCUCCCUCUCCUCUCACCCCUCUCUCCCUCACCCUCUCUCCUCACCCCUCUCUCCCUCACCCCUCUCUCCCUCACCCCCUCUCCCUCACCCCUCUCUCCUCACCCCUCUCUCCCUCACCCCUCUCUCCUCACCCCUCUCUCACCCUCUCUCCUCACCCCUCUCCCUCACCCCUCUCUCCCUCACCCCUCUCUCCCUCACCCCUCUCUCUCUCACCCCUCUCUCCCUCACCCCUCUCUCCCUCACCCCUCUCUCCCUCACCCCUCUCUCCUCACCCCUCUCUCUCCCUCACCCCUCUCUCCCUCACCCCUCUCUCCUCACCCCCUCUCUCCCUCCCCUCACCCCUCUCUCCCUCACCCCUCUCUCCUCUCACCCUCUCUCCUCACCCCUCUCUCCCUCACCCCUCUCUCCCUCACCCCUCUCUCUCUCACCCCUCUCUCCCUCACCCCUCUCUCCCUCACCCCUCUCUCCUCACCCCCUCUCCCUCACCCCCUCUCCCUCACCCCUCUCUCUCACCCCUCUCUCCCUCACCCCUCUCCCCUCCCCCCUCUCCCUCACCCCCUCUCCCUCACCCCCUCUCUCUCCUCACCCCUCUCCCUCACCCCUCUCUCCCUCACCCCUCUCCCUCACCCUCUCUCCCUCACCCCUCUCUCCCUCAUCCCUCUCCCUCACCCUCUCCCUCACCCCUCUCUCCUCACCCCUCUCUCCUCACCCCUCUCCCUCACCCCUCUCUCCCUCACCCCUCUCUCCCUCACCCCUCUCUCCCUCACCCCUCUCUCCCUCACCCCUCUCUCCUCACCCCUCUCUCCCUCACCCCUCUCUCUCUCACCCCUCUCUCCUCACCCCUCUCCCUCACCCUCUCUCUCUCACCCCUCUCUCCCUCACCCCUCUCCCCUCACCCUCUCUCCCUCACCCCUCUCCCUCACCCCUCUCCCUCACCCCUCUCCCUCACCCCUCUCUCCCUCACCCUCUCCCUCACCCCUCCCUCUCUCACCCCUCUCUCCCUCACCCCUCUCUCCCUCACCCCUCUCUCCCUCACCCCUCUCCCUCACCCUCUCCCUCACCCCUCUCUCCCUCACCCCUCUCCCUCACCCCUCCCUCUCUCACCCCUCUCUCCCUCACCCCUCUCCCAUCCCUCUCUACCUGCUCACGCUGUGUUGUUGUGCCAGUCCUUUGUUUUACCGUUUACAUCUUGGGAAAGAAGACAGCGGCUGA